UAGGUUAACGCAAAUGUUGGCUGCGCAGAUGGUUAUAGAAUUAACGUCGUCUAUCGAGUAUCGCACAUGGGUCACAUGAAGCCGUGCGACAACACUGAAGUUUUUCCGUCUUUGAAAAAUAAAAUCUGAUGCAUACAUAGUGCUGAAUUUAGUACAGCCCGUACAGCGUUGCAUGGAAUGGUGUUUCUUAUAACUUCUGUUAGCCGCUAAAGUCAUGAAACACUUGGAACCAGUUAGCGAAGAAAGUGAGAAAAAAGAGAAAAUUGGAUUCGAGUUAGAAUUUCUCUUUUAUAUUGUAACGGUGCCACUUAAACUCGUCUUGCAGUAAUGCGCUCAGCUACCGGAAGCAUACUUCGAUGGAGCUAUCGAUUUUUGCGGAAUUUCCAUUAUACCAGCAUUUCUCGAAACAAUAACAGUGCCGCUAUAAAGAAUGAGCUGGGGAAACUGCCCGAUCGAAGACUCUACCUUCGCGUUAAAUGUGGCCCAUGCGGUAACUCUAUCGAGAAGUGGCUCUCAAAACAGGCGUACGACCACGGCGUCAUCAUUGUUACAUGCGAUCAUUGUAAAAACAGACAUCUAAUUGCGGAUAAUCUGAGAUGGUUCCCGGAUGUCGACCGCGCCAGGCUCCCUAAACUUCAAGCGGCGAGGCUGGAGGCCUCCACCUCGGUGGAAAGCGACAAAGCGGCUGUCGACAUAUCGAUUAAGGGAACCGAUCGGAGUUAGCUUUGGCUAUGUAGC